GAAGAAAAAUAUUUGCGGGCUUUGCGGCGGAAAAAAAGAAGAAGAGAAUAGAUCUGCAGGUUGUGUGAUAUGUCGAGUAUUUUUCUAUUUUCUGUGGCGCUUCGAUGUGUCAGAGCAACGAGAMACAGUUUGAAGACUCUGCAACAGGUUAAAAGUAUUUCACAGCAGAUGACAACGCGGAGUAAAAAGAGGAGACUGACACCGGAUAAGCAGACGGGACAGAGGCACGCUGAGCAACAGAAAGAUUUUCAGACCAAGCAGGAGAAAAGACGUGGACUGCGGCGUGGACGAUGCUCAGGCCAUCAUGUUGGCGCUGGCCRCUCCAAACGUGAAGCUUCUGGGAGUCACCUGCGUACACGGAAACACUGCAGUGGAGAAUGUGUGCAAGAAUGCUCUGCGGGUCCUGCAGGCCUGCGACCAGCUGGAGAUUCCAGUGUUUAAAGGUGCUGAUAAGCCCAUCCUUGGCAACACUCGCAGUGCGGGACACUUCCACGGUCAGGACGGUCUGGGAGAUGCUCCUGACCCCAAUGCUCCUGGUCUGGAUCUGCUUCAGAAGGAGGACGCUGUGUCUGCUAUAAUCAGGAUCGUUAACGAGAAUCCAGGAGAGGUGUCUCUGGUUGCCACAGCCCCUCUCACCAACCUGGCUUUAGCUGUGAGGAUGGAUCCAUCUCUGCCCAGCAAACUGCGAGGGCUUUACAUCAUGGGAGGCAACACUGAGUCUCGAGGAAACACCACAGUGUGUGGGGAGUUUAACUUCACUGCUGAUCCAGAAGCUGCGUACAUCGUGCUGAAUGAUUACCAGUGUCCCACCUACUUGGCCUGCUGGGAGUUUACCUGCUAUAACAAGCUGCCCUGGGACUUCUGUGACGCCUGGUUGGCACAGGACAGCCAUAAAGCUCGCUUCAUGGCGCAGAUCUUCCGCCACAGCAUCGAGGCGUCUAAAACUGAACACUUUGAGAGAGAGUUCUUGGCCGGCAGCGGUCUUAUUUCCUGUGACUCGUACGCCAUGGCGGCUGCUGUGGACGACUCGUUCAUCUUAGAAAGCGAUCAUUACCCAGUUAGCGUGGAGCUGACGGGCACUCACACCAGAGGAAUGAUGGUAGUGGACACUGUGGGGUUUCUGAAAAAAAUUACUCACAAGGUUUUCAUCAUAAAGAAGGUGGAUAUGGAGAAGUUUAAGCAGAUGAUGAUGGCUGCUUUAAAAUAACCAGGCAGGAGUUUGUCAUUUCUUUGGGAUAUUAGUAUUUUUAGUGCUAUAACGAAUGUGCUGCUAUAAAAUUAGAAUUAGACUCCUUAUUGCACAUUUACCUCAACUUUGUGAUGACUCCAUCAUACACAACAAAUAAUCCACACCACUUCUUCCUUUCAGCUCUACCAACUGAGCCACAACUAAUAAAAUACAYUGAAAACUUA